GCCGGCACUGCUGCAGCAGGGGCUGAAAUGCAGUUUCUCACUCGCGUGCUGCAAAGCAGCUUCCCCGCACACCUCGGCCUGCAUCCCCCACCCCGCUGUUUGUAGCGUUCUGGCGAGAGAGGACCCCCCCAGCCAGGCUGCCAUGUCUUCUUCCCCAGGACACCGAAAAGACGGCACCUGCUGCUCACACUGCGUGGCAGUGCCGAGCGCCCACCAGACGCUGGAGGAGAUGGAUUUUGAGAGAGGGAUUUGGUAUGCUGCUCUGAACGGAGACCUCGAGGGAGUCAGAAGGCAGGUGCUGAAGCAUGGCAAGGCCAGUGAGCCAGACUCCUUUGGGUACACGGCGUUGCAUUACGCCAGCCGCAGUGGACACUACGGCGUCUGCCGAUUCCUCCUGGAGAGCGGAGCCACCUGCAGCGCCCGGACCAAUGGCGGGGCCACCCCCCUCCACCGCGCGGCCUACUGCGGCCACACGGAGGUAGCCCAGCUGCUGCUGGCCCACGGGGCGGAUCCGGCGGCCACGGACGAUGAGGGGAAGACCUGCUUGCACAAGGCGGCCGAGAACGGACAUCGCGAGCUCUGCCAGCUUCUGCUGGAGCAAAGGCCAGAGCUGAGGCAUGUGAGGGACAAGAGCGGCAGACGGGCCUGCGACUUGGAUCCUGCCAAGCAAGGAGCUGCGUGGGAGCUUUUGGACUGAAGGACGUGCUCCCGGGUGACCGCAGGAGACUUGGGGAGCCCAGCUUUUCUUGAGGGCAAAGGGGCUCCGCAAGUGAGAAUGCUGCCUGCUUUUGAAGAUAGCCUUGGCCGAGAACAUCCUUCGCUUCCUGUCCCCCAGGGCCUGGCCCAGCCUUGGCGUGCCUUGGAGGGGAAUCGUGGAGUCCAUCAAGGGGGCCUGUUAAAAUACAAGGGACAGCUCCCUUUCCCAAAAGCAGCUAAA